UCCGUUUAUCCUUGCCCAGGGGAAGAGAGACGAGAGACAGAUUGAGAGUGGGAGAAGAGGGAGGUACCGGCCUAAUUAGAGAUAGUUUCUUUUGUGUGGUGAAGAGAAAUGGAGCAGACCUUCAUUAUGAUCAAGCCUGAUGGCGUCCAGAGGGGCCUGGUGGGAGAGAUUCUUUCUAGGUUCGAAAAGAAGGGUUUCUAUCUGAGAGGGUUGAAGAUGACAACCGUUGACCGUCCUUUUGCUGAGAAACACUAUGAAGAUCUUUCAGCAAAACCGUUCUUCAAUGGGCUUUGCGAGUACAUCACAUCUGGUGCUGUUGUUGCGAUGGUUUGGGAAGGCAAGAACGUCGUUACCACCGGUAGGAAGAUUAUUGGAGCCACCAACCCGUCUGAUUCCGCUCCUGGUACCAUCCGCGGUGACUUCGCCGUUGAAGUUGGCAGGAACGUCAUUCACGGGAGUGACUGUGUAGAGAAUGCAAAAAAGGAGAUUGCUCUGUGGUUCCCCGAGGGUGUGGCUACCUGGCAGAGCAGCGUCCAUCACUGGAUCUAUGAGUAAAGCAGCUAGAGGAGAGGGAGAUUGUUCUUGAUAGCGUUGAGGUUUUUUUAUGGAACUCGAGUUUUGAGUACCCGUCAUCGUAUCUGUAGCCUUUGUUCUAUUAGGGAUGGACCCCUUAUAUUUGAGUUUCUUGUUGUUGGUCAUUGUUAGUGAUCCCCAUGUCUCUGGCUGCUUAUGGAUGAUGAGCACAUGAUGAUUCCUUCCAUUUGCAUUCUUCUCAGAGACCGUUAAUUUAUAAUAAAAGCAGCUUUUUUCCGGUGA